GACAAAGACAUGAACAGAAAGAAAUAGACCGAAAAGAGGAGAGGGAAGAAAUUUGAAGAAACAGCAAAGAAAAAUUUCUAUUUUGAUGCCUUCUCUUUUACUGUAUGUAAUGUGAGUCAUGUCACUUCCCAUCACCUACCACUGAUAAUUCCAUGCCUUCUUAUUAGCCCCACCAUUUGCCUCUCCUCAGAAUUUCAUGUGCCUCUUGUGUUCUUCAAUUCCCUCCAACUUCACCACAGGGUGUGAUUAGUGCCUUUCCUGUGACCUCCUCCUUCAUUUGGUCCAGUGAGGGGAGGGGGUCUCAGAAGUUCCAUUUCAGAAACAGACACCCUUUUGAUCAUUUCGGAAAACCCAGAAAGCAAAAUCUAACAUUGGUAGGAUUUUUACAAUGGAUGCGAAGUUUUGGUGCUACAACGGCUUCACACCCAAAAGGGUUCUGGGAGCAUUAAAGAUCUAGUGUUUAACUUGCUUCAGGGUCUGAAAAGUAGCUGGGGACAAAUCUUGAAGGAUUUGAGUUGUGAAGGGGUACUCAUUGAUCCUUUUCAGCUCCAAAGACUUGUUUUUGCCUCUUUUUUGCCUAGUAUAUUUGUUUAGCAGCAAAAUGGCAUCUGAUCUGAGUUCGGGGUUGUACAAGAAAACUUUUGUCUUUGGUUUGAAAGUGUGGGUACUAAUGGGAAUACUAGUUGGGUUAUUCAUCGUAAUCAUUCUUGUGGUGCUAUCAAUAUGUCUCACUUUAAGAAAGAAGUUCAGAAGAGUCAAUGGCAAGCUUCCACUCAGCCAUGUGUUAGCUAUUUCAGAAGAGAUCAAAGAAAUCAGAGUUGAUCAAGUUUCAGCAAAUAAUCAUCCACAGAAUGGUACUUUUAUGAGUCUGAAUGACAAAUUUGGUGAAGGGGAGACUAAAAAGGUUUUGAACCAAACACAGAAUGGGGACAAUAGUAGUCAAUCAGGCUCCUUUAAUCAUUUAGAAAAAGAUGGUAAUGGCUCUCAAUCAGGUGAAGAAAGUGGUGCUAAGGGAAUUGCUUCUUAUAGGUCUUCUUUGCAUCCUAUGACCGCACCAUCCCCUUUGUCUGGUCUGCCGGAAUUCUCACAGCUUGGCUGGGGCCACUGGUUUACAUUAAGGGACCUAGAACUUGCUACAAACAGAUUUUCAAAAGAAAAUGUUAUUGGGGAAGGUGGAUAUGGAAUUGUUUAUCGUGGUCAAUUAAUCAAUGGGAGUCCUGUGGCUAUCAAGAAGCUCCUCAAUAAUUUAGGACAAGCUGAAAAGGAAUUCAGAGUGGAGGUUGAGGCUAUUGGUCAUGUGCGGCAUAAGAACUUAGUACGACUUUUGGGCUACUGCAUUGAAGGCACUCAUAGGUUGUUGAUUUAUGAGUAUGUUAACAAUGGCAAUUUAGAGCAGUGGCUUCAUGGGGCCAUGCGGCAGCAUGGUUUUCUUACUUGGGAUGCUCGGAUAAAAAUUCUCCUUGGAACAGCCAAAGCGCUGGCUUAUUUGCACGAGGCAAUUGAGCCAAAAGUUGUGCAUAGAGAUAUUAAGUCGAGCAAUAUUCUAAUUGAUGAGGACUUUAAUUCCAAAAUAUCUGACUUUGGGCUGGCUAAGUUACUUGGUGCUGGAAAAAGUCAUAUUACAACCAGAGUUAUGGGUACUUUUGGAUAUGUAGCUCCAGAAUAUGCGAAUUCUGGCUUGCUAAAUGAGAAGAGUGAUGUUUACAGCUUUGGGGUAUUGCUUCUUGAAGCAAUUACAGGAAGAGACCCUGUGGAUUACAGCCGACCAGCAGCCGAGGUAAAUUUGGUCGACUGGCUGAAGAUGAUGGUAGGUUUUCGACGCUCAGAAGAGGUGUUGGAUCCCAACAUCGAGACCAGGCCAUCGACAAGUGCUCUUAAACGAGCCCUCUUAACAGCUCUGAGGUGUGUUGAUCCAGAUGCAGAAAAAAGACCAAGAAUGAGCCAAGUCGUCCGCAUGCUUGAAUCAGAGGAAUAUCCUAUACCACGAGAGGAUCGAAGACGCCGGAAGAGUCAGGCCGGAAACAUGGAGGUGGAGACUCAUUCUGAUACAGAUAAGAGUGACAAUGCAGAUUAUAAGCCCAAUGGCAGAAGGAACCAAUGUGUGUAGCAGAGGCAGGCAUCUCAAAGAAUUUAUGGAAUGAAGAACACAAGUUAAUGGUAAAUUUUGCACUUCUGAGCUUUUGUAAAAGAUGUGAUGGCUGCCACUUUAUACAUGAAAACAUGGAGCUGGAACAUGUUUCUUUGGGAUGGUUUAUAUACUUAUUUGUUGUUAUAGUUAGUUUGUAGAUGUUAGAUUGUAGAUUAUUGUUUAUGGAUAAUGGUGGUUUGUACAGUUUCAUUACUAUUCUUUC